CUCUCUAGCUAACUUUUCUCCUCUUCUACAGACUUUUUUCGUUAUAUUUUUCUUGUAAAAGUUUGCAUUUCUAAAGGCAAUUUUGAGUUUGCUUUUGUUAGUGUACAACUCAGGCAAACAACUUAAGAUUGAGCUUCCUUCUGUUUUGGAAGCAAAUUUGCUUGUAAGCCAAUCCAAAAACCUGUCCUCUUAGGUGGCCGGGCCAAGCUUUUUCCACUACCUCUAUCAGCCUGAAUGGACUCUGCAGUACUCCUCCAAUUGCCGGCAGCAAUAAUAUCUACCCUCCUUGCCCUGCUACUCUUACGUGUUUUGGUUUAUCAAAAAAAGAAACCUACUACUUAUAAGAAAACGACCUGUAGCAUACCUCAAGCAGGAGGUGCUUGGCCUAUCAUCGGCCACCUUCACCUCUUAGGUGGCCAACAACUAACCCACAAGACACUUGGUGCCAUGGCUGAUACAUAUGGACCAGUUUUUACUAUAAAGCUGGGUUCACAUAGAGUUCUAGUUUUGAGCUGUUGGGAAAUGGCCAAAGAGUGUUUUACCGUCCAUGACAAGGUUUUCUCGACCAGACCAAGCAUAGUUGCUUCAAGACUACUAGGAUACGAGAAUGCUAUGUUUGGGUUUGCUCCUUACGGGCCUUUCUGGCGUGAAAUGCGCAAGAUUACUACAAUUGAGCUUCUGUCAAACCAUCGGCUUGAUAUGCUCAAGCAAAAACGUUCUUCGCAGGUCGAGACUGCAAUUAGAGAAUUAUUCGAGUUGUGGGUCAGGAAAGGUUGUGCAGAAACCGGGGUUUUGGUUGAUAUGAAACAUUGGUUUGGGGAUUUGAUGCUCAGUGUAUUUUUGAGGAUGGUGGCAGGGAAACAACACCAUAUAGGUGGAGCUGAUCAUUGUGAAGAAGGUGAGGCGCAGAGCUUUGAGAAUGUGAUGGGGGAUGUUUCCUUUCUGUUUGGGGUAUUCGUGCUGUCUGAUACAAUGCCGUUUCUUGGGUUCUUGGAUGUCAAUGGAUAUAAAAAGGCAAUGAAAAGAACUGCAAAGAAAUUGGAUUCUAUGAUUGGAAGGUUGCUGGAGGAGCAUAAACAGAAUAGAUUGUUGGGUGGGGAGGGAAAGGAAGAGCAGGAUUUCAUGGAUGUGAUGCUGACCAUCCUAGGAGAUGCCGAGAUCUCUGGUUUUGACGCAGAUACCAUCAACAAGGCCACUUGCCUCAAUUUAGUCAUUGCGGGAAGUGACGCGACCAUGGUUCUUCUAACAUGGACCCUAUCUUUACUACUCAACAAUCAACAUGUGCUGAGAAAGGCCCAAGAUGAGUUAAACAUUCAUGUUGGCAAGGACAGACAUCCGGACGAUUCUGACAUAAAAAACCUGGUCUAUCUCCAGGCCAUUGUCAAGGAAACAUUGCGCCUAUACCCACCUGCCCCAAUCAUUAGCCUUCGUGCCGCAAUGGAAGACUGCACCCUCUCACCUGGAUAUCACGUUCCUGCUGGAACGCGUUUAAUGGUGAAUGCCUGGAGAAUUCACCGGGAUGAGCACGUGUGGCCUGACCCUCUCAAGUUUCUGCCGGAGAGAUUUCUGACCAGCCACAAGGACAUUGACGUGAGAGGUCACAACUUUGAGCUCAUUCCUUUUGGGUCCGGAAGGCGAUCAUGUCCAGGAGUCUCGCUAGCUCUUCAACUGGUGCAUCUGACUUUGGCUAGCUUGUUGCAUGCUUUUGACGUUGCUAAGCCAUCAAAUGAAGACGUGGAUAUGACAGAGAGCCCUGGCUUGGCAAACCUGAAAGCAACCCCCCUGGAAGUUAUCCUUACUCCACGUCUUAACUCUCAACUAUAUGCGCAGUAAAUUAGUUUAUAAUAUUGCCAUGAUGUGAUUAAGGAGACUAGAUUUGCUGUUAAAGCUAGCUUUCUUGAUCGAUCAGUUGAAGAGUACUGCUAUCUAUGCAUUUUUCAUGCACCAGAACUUGUCGAUCAUUUCAUAAAUUUCUGCAGAAUUUGA